AUGAUUUCAAAGGGUAGGGCCCAAUCCGGGGGUUGCAUAACAGGAGCAGAGGUUAAGGCUUCCUUCAACCUAAAUCAAUCAACUGAAGAUGAGCCUCCAAAAGAGGCUACAGCAAAGGAUCAGCCUACACAACAAGUGAAGGCUAUAGCAGAGGAUGAGCCUCCAGCAGAGGAAGAGCCUCCAAAAGAGGAUGAACCUCCAGCAGCAAUUGAAGAAACACUUUCAUACAUAAUGCAAAAGAAAAAAUUAAAAGUGUCAGCUCAAGGAAUACUAAAAAAACUGACAAAAAACUGGAAAACUGCUCCUGUUAGCAAGGUCAUUGCUGCUAAAAAGGCCCCUGCUACAACUGUUGAUACUGCUGGAAAAGCCACUGCUGCUGAAAUGGCCCCAGCUACAACUACUGAAAAGUCCUCUGCUGCAGAAAAAUCCCAUGCAGCAAGUGGUGAAGAAAUUGAGAUUGAGGAUGAAACAGAAGAAGAAUUGGAAAGACAAGAAGAAUUACAAAGGGAUGAGGAGUUGACAAGAAUAUUGAGAGGUAUAAAACCUGUUGAAGAGUUAAAUUUGUCUCAAAAGAGUGAAGAAUCUUCAAAAAAUUCAAAGCAACCAAGAAGGAAAAUGGUUGCAAGGAAAAAUCAAAAGAAAAAAGAAUUGGAAGAAAAUCAGAAAAAACAGGAAUAUGAACAAUCACCAGCAAGAAGAACAAGAAGUAAAUCACGAGAUGUUAAGUUGUCUGGCAUAUCAGCUAUAGCAACAGCUGCUGUAGCAAUUGCUGAAAACCUACCAACAGCAACAACACCCAAAAAACCUGGGCGUCCAAGGGUUGCAACUGCAGUUGCAGAGAAACCUGUUGAGAAAAUAGGGCGUACAAGAGCUGCAGUUAUUGGGAAAGCAGGCCAAAAAGGUGCUCAGAAAAGACCUGCUGCAUCAGCCAAAAGUCCUGCAAAAAAAAAUAAAAGUUAUAGAUCAAGUGCCUUAUGA